AUGAUGCAGGUGUUCCGCGACGUCAUCACCGACGAAGACUGGGCGCGGUUCAAGCAGUACGCAUCGCGCGUGCGAGUUCUGUGCAUUGGCGACGUCAGCCUCGUCCAUGCCAGCGUGUGGACGAUCCUGACUCGUCGUUGUCUGGACGGUGCCCUCCUCCCUCGUCUGGAAUGUCUUGUCGGCUAUGCCAUUGACUCCAUCGGACUCUGCUACACGGAUCUCCUAUCGUCGACGAUACAGGAGCUGCACUUGAACACUGAUGAAAGCGUUGAUGAGGGAACGGUGCGCAUGGUCCUCCCAGCAGUCCGACGUCUUCUCUCCUCCGUCCGACGACUCCACAUCCGCCAUAACCAGGAGCUAGGGAGGCCAUCGGCAAUACCGUUCUGGUCACUCUCCCAGCUACACACCUUGAAAGUCACGCAGCGGAUAAUCCUCGAGAACGAGAUGCUCCGGUCUCUCGCGCGAUUCCAUAACCUUCAGAUCCUUGAACUGAACGUGAAGAAAGCACCGGCUGUCGUGGAGGAUGAGCCUUUAGGAGGAUUUACGAGCUUGCUGGAGCUCACGCUUACGGGAAAGCUCACGGAUAUAGGGUGGUUCCUCAACACGGCCGCUCCUCCCUUAUUGGAAUCUCUGGAGUUCCGCGUUUCGGACAACCCUCCGACUUCACAAGAUAUUAUGCUAGGAAAGCUGCUCGCGAGAAUUCCCAAAAGUCUCCGUCGCUUCUCUGCCUCAUUCACCGCUCCUCUUCCCAACGCACUCACCUGGUACGCCACCGAGCUGUUGGAACCGUUGAGGCCUUUUGGAUGUCUACGCGAGAUCACAUUCGCCUUCCCCUACGCCACAAAAUCCGUCCUCCCUGACGGCAUCUUGUCAUCCUUUCGCAACGUAUGGCCAGAACUUGUCGAAUUCGAAUUUCCGAAACCAAGCCCUGCCAAAGAUCCCAUUUAUGGUGAAUACUAUGAUCGCUGUUACUCUCCACCCAGGCAUGGCCGUGCGCCUCCUCAGGAAAUCGGUCCACCGCCGACCCUCUCGACUCUCGCCUCCUUCGCGCACACCCACCCAUACCUCAAGCGCCUCAUCAUCCCAGCGCUCAAUCUCCAGCCCGGCGCCGUCCCACAUCUUGACUCCGUGCCCAUUCUCGACCACGAGCUCCGCCACCUCGGCGUAGGUGACAUCUCCCGUGGCACGCCCCUGCUCGAUUGCGCACUCAUGUUUGACUUGCUGUUCCCCCGUCUCGACCUGACGGAGGUAGAGAGCACCGCGGCCACGAGCGGCGUCGAUCCCGAUGGGGACUCUUCGAACACGCCGGGCGCUGCGGACGAGGUACAACUCAUGCUCAUGCUCCUUGGUUUGCAAGCUGGGCGCGUCGGUCUGCAUCGGAUGCGCGCGGCGAUGCUCGGCGGGUACACAGGCGACAUUCCGAUUCCUGAGGAUCUUCGCGCGAAAGAUACAUCAAGGAAGGACCAGUCUUCCGUCCGCUCGGACGUACGCGUCGAGUCCAACCAUGACUUUAACCCCGGUGGCCGUGGCCGGUACUAUGAAUCUCCCUUGUAUGAACUUGAACCAGUGGCUAGGCAUUGAAA